AUGGCCAGCACAAUAACAAUCCUACAAAUCAACCUAAAUAGGUGCAGGAUCGCGCACGACCUGAUGGAGCGCACAAUUGCCGAAAAAAACAUAAUCGUAACAUUAGGCCAGGAACCAUAUGGAAAAGGCCGGACCGAUUUCCACGAUGUGAAAGGAGAUAGCUUCAUAAACGUGGACAAUGAGCAUGAGGUCAUUAAGAGUGGAAGUGGAGAGGGCUUUGUCUAUGUGGAGCUGAGCACCUGCAUUUUCCUCUCGUGCUACUUCUCCCCAAACGGAGAGCUGGCGGAUUUCGAAAGACUGCUCCAAAACAUCGAAAGCAUGAUUAGGCACCAGGGGAAACACGUCGUGAUGGGAGGAGACCUGAAUGCCAAAACCAACAUAAUUGGGUCCCAAACCACCAACCAGCGUGGCGCGAUACUGCAGGAAUGGAUACUGGCCAACGGACUGGUCAUCCUGAAUGAAGGGGAUACCCCGACCUUCCAAAAUGCCAACGGCACCUCUAUCAUAGAUUUCACCGCGGCAACAGAACAACUCGGUCGGAGAGUUGACAAAUGGAGGGUCGAGCCAGACAUUGAAAACUUCGGCGAUCACAACAACAUCUACUUUGAAGUAAGCUGCAAACCUGGUGAAAACACGACUAGACCGAGCCAGGCAGGAUGGACCAUCAAACCCGCUGCGAUUACGGAGCUGGCUGCCGCAUGGAAAACCAGUCAUCAAACCAAGCGAGGACAAUACAAUACAAUACGAACCCUUACCAGCGAUAUCGUAAAGCUGCUGGACAAGUAUGGCCACAAGAAGUCAAGCAGUUCGGGCCGCCCCCCAGUGUACUGGUGGAAUGCUGAUAUAGCAAACCUUAGACGUGCUUGCUCAACCUCCAGGAGAAAACUGACGCGAGCGCGCAAAAGCCUCAGAACUUACCAGCAAGUCCAUGAGCUCACGGAGGAACACAAACACAACAACUUAGCAACCCAAACUGCGUUAAGUGCAUUUUAG